CUCGCCUCCUCCCCCCGGAGACCCAACCAAAUCACUCUGCUCCGCUCUGUUGCCAACGGGCAAGUCGCCAGACGAAACCCCAAACGGCAGCGCAGCGCAGAGCAGAGCAGAGCCCCCCGCUUUUCCGCCUCCGCCACCGCGCCCAUGGCAGGCGGCCGUGGCCGCGGCGCCGGAAGGAACCCGGCGCCCUCCUCCUCCUCCUCCUCCUCCUCGUCCCGGCACCGGAAGCCCCGGUCCUCGCGCGAGUUCGGCCAUGAAAGUCCCUUACAAUCUCAAAAGGAGGGGUCGAGUUCAUCUUCUCCCUCAGUCAGCAGUAAAAAAUCACCGCAACAGAUAGUUACACCAGUUCUACCAAAGUCUCUAGAUUCACCAGUUCAACCACCAAAGUCUCUUGAUUCAUCACUGAUGAUGGCUGAACAAGUUCAACCACUGGUCCAAAGGGCUGCAUCGAUUCAACUAUCAAAACCUCUAGACUCCAGUAGCGCUUCAUGUGUCUCUGGAACUGUGGGGUCUGAUUUAGGAGCUGCUCCAUUUGACAUAUGCAUGGGUAACAGCAAAGGCAUUGUCAUUCUCAAACAUGGUCUCCUUGAGAUCAAUAGAGAGAAACGCCGUGCAAAGGAGCUUUCGAACAUUGCUCCAGUGCAACAUUUGAGACCUGGGAUGGUUCUAUUGAAAAACUUCUUAAAGCCAGAUGAUCAGGUUAAAAUUAUCAAGCAUUGUCGGGAUCUUGGUGUUGGCCCAGGAGGAUUUUAUCAACCUGGGUACAGAGAAGGUGGUAAGUUAAGUCUACGGAUGAUGUGCUUAGGGAAGAACUGGGACCCAGAUUCAGGCAAAUAUGGGGAUAUACGGCCUUUUGAUGCUGCUCAACCACCAAAGAUACCAGAAGAAUUGACCAAGUUAGUGGAAGAUGCCAUUAAAGCUUCCCAUGAAUUCUUGGAACAAAGAGGCAAGGGUGCUACCAAACCUGCCGUAGAACUUCCUUUGUUGUCACCGGAUAUCUGCAUUGUUAACUUCUACACCACUAGCGGGAAGUUAGGUCUUCAUCAGGACAAAGAUGAAGAGGAAUCUAGCAUUGCCAAGGGACUGCCUGUUGUUUCCUUUUCAUUGGGCGACACUGCAGAAUUCUUGUAUGGCGAUGUCAGAGACGAGGAUAAGGCCUCAAAGAUUAAGCUUGAAUCUGGUGAUGUUUUGAUAUUUGGUGGUCAAUCAAGGCGCAUAUUCCAUGGAGUCUCAAGCAUUACGCCGAAAAGUGCACCGCUCUGGGUGACCGACAAGGCAAAUCUUCGACCUGGGCGCCUGAACCUCACAUUCAGGCAGUACAAAGAUUGAGACCAACCUCAUAUAGUAGCAGGCAAAGGGCAAAGAUGAAGACGAAUCUAGUCUUGCCAAGUGCCCUGUUAGCAAAUGUCUGCAAGAACCACCUAUAUAGCUAUUUGAAAACGUGUGUUCGUCACUAUUAUGUGUUAUUUUCAUGCAAAAUAUUGCUGCCUCUUU